GAGAGUCGGGGCUGGGAUUUCACAGGGCAAGCCCAGCGGUUGCAGCUGCAGCAGAUCCCGAGGCUCUCUGCCCGUGGCGCACCCGGGCAGCCCAGAGCCGGCAGCGGCUCCGCAAAGUCGCGGAGCAAGGGAGGCCGAGCGCCCGCAAAGUGGUGGGGCUCCGGGCUGGAAGAGGCGUGCCUGCGGAGCCUGGAUCCCGGCGCCCUUUCGCCUCGAGUGCAGCGUCCGGUUGGCGGUGCAGCCGCCCUGGAAAGAGCAGUCAAAUUGUAGCCUCCCCAAAGAAGCCUAGUUACGCAGGCGAGCCGGCUCCCCAAGCGUGCUUAUAGUGGUGCCGCAGAGCCCUCCCAGGCCAGCGGGCUAAGGCUGGGAGCGGGGCGCCGUCCCAGAGGCAGUGAACCCCCGGCAGCUGUUUGCUCCGCUAGUGCUCUCGGGUGCGGAGAGGGGGCGUGCGAAGCUCCAACAGCCCGCUCGCUCAGAACCCGUGCCCGAUCGGGGUGCCCCCUCCGUCCCACUCUGGGAGCAAUGCCCCCCGCCCCUCGUGCCCCCAGGGAACGAGGCGAGCAUGGAGAAGUCGAGUAGCGAGGAUUCUUCGAUCCACCGGAGUCCAUCUUUGGACAGCAAGGACUCGGACUUUGCCAAGCCGUCCACCUCUGGCCGCCCGUUCGGCCGCGGCUUCACGGCUGGCGCCUUCUACGGCACCGCGGGUUCGCGGGGUCAGAGCCGCACGGAGGCCGGCAUUAAGACUGACAAGUACAAUGCGCCCAAAGGCAGCAAGUACGUGGUGUUUUACCUGGACCUGUCCUUUGUGUUCCUCCUAGAAUUUAAGAAGUGCAACAUGGCCAGGGGCUGUCUCUGCUGCUUGAAGUACAUGAUGUUCCUCUUCAAUUUGAUAUUCUGGCUCUGUGGCUGUGGGCUGCUUGGAGUGGGCAUCUGGCUCUCUGUGUCCCAAGGCAACUUUGCCACCUUCUCCCCCAGCUUUCCCUCGCUGUCUGCAGCCAACCUUGUCAUCGCCAUAGGCACCAUCGUCAUGGUGACGGGUUUCCUGGGCUGCCUGGGGGCCAUCAAGGAAAACAAGUGUUUGCUCCUCAGCUUCUUCAUUGUCUUGUUGAUCAUCCUGCUGGCAGAGUUGAUUCUGCUCAUCCUCUUCUUCGUCUACAUGGACAAGGUGAACGAGAAUGCCAAGCAGGACCUGAAAGAGGGGCUAAGGCUGUACAACACCGAGAACAACGUGGGGCUCAAGAAUGCCUGGAAUAUCAUCCAGGCUGAGAUGCGGUGCUGUGGGGUCACUGACUACACAGACUGGUACCCAGUGCUCGGGGAGAACACAGUUCCUGAUCGAUGCUGCAUGGAGAAUUCCCAGGGCUGUGGGCGCAACAGCACCACUCCCUUGUGGAAAACGGGCUGCUACGAGAAAGUGAAGCUGUGGUUUGAUGACAACAAACACGUGCUGGGCACCGUAGGCAUGUGCAUCCUUAUCAUGCAGAUCCUAGGAAUGGCCUUUUCCAUGACUCUGUUCCAGCACAUCCACCGGACGGGUAAAAAGUACGAUGCCUGAGUGUUUGGCAGCGCCUGGCUCCACCCGGACACUGUAUGUGCCAGGGAAGAGGACCUGAGUUGUGUCUCCUGCCUGCUCUCCGAUGGCCACCCUGCACCACCUGCCAGCCUGCACUCUCCUGCCCACAUCCUUGGCCUUAGACCUCAUGGAGGGCAGAGGCCCAGGGAGGAGGCAUUGUGCAGAGACCUCAGGGCUUGGGCGCCUGGAUUCCUGCACCUGCAUACUUGCCAAAGAUGCCAGGGUGGGCAGGGUGUCAACGAGGAAGCCCCGACGAUGGGUUUCUGCCCCUGGCCUUCCUCACAUUGACACUUGUUCCUGUGUGGGGUGGAGAGUCUGCCCCAGGGAGGCCACUGCCAUCCGUGGCUGCCCAGCCAGAGAGUCUGCCAGGGUGCAGUGUGGCACCGCCAGGUCAGGCCCCCUGAAGCACCCUGCCCGGGUUUUUAUACUAUAGUGUAACUUUUUUUUAUUUUACUCUGAUUAUGAUUAUUCAGGAAUAUUAUCUCUCAGAUAAGUUUAGGGUUAGCUUUCUGAUUUAUAACUUUUUACUGUGUUGAUUUCCA